AUGGAGAAGCAAAACGACGUUGUACUAAGACUAGCGAAGCAUGUAAUUGCUACGGUUGCCGACGGCUCCAACCUUGUCUUCUCACCAACCUCAAUCAACGUUUUGCUCAGCAUUAUUGCCGCAGGUUCCAAUUCCGUCACUAAAGAACAAAUUCUCUCAUUUCUCAACUCUCCGUCAACGGAUCACCUCAACACACUCUUGGCUGAGAUCAUAUCUGUUGCCCUUGGAGAUGCUAAUAAGGUAUCAACCCCGCAGGAACGGUCCAGCCAGUGUCAAAGUCUUGACGGCCUUGGCCCUGACUUUUGGAGCCUACUUGAUGAUAGGGAGAGCUCUGCCUCUUGUGUGCGCUUAUCUGCAGCUAAUGGUGUAUGGAUCGACAAGUCUGUCUCCUUGAAGCCUUCCUUCAAAGAGAUUUUAGAGAAAUCCUACAAGGCUACUUGCAGUCAGGUUGACUUCUCAAACAAGCCUGCUGAAGUAAUUGAUGAAUUGAAUACAUGGGCUCAUGAUCACACAAAUGGACUCAUCAGUCAGAUUCUUUCAAAGGAUUCCAUUGAGGAUAUCCGUCAAAGCAAACUCAUGCUUGCAAACGCAGUGUAUUUCAAAGGAGUUUGGAGCGAAAAAUUCAAUGCAAGGUUCACCAAAUAUAACGACUUUCACCUUCUUGAUGGCACGUCUGUGAGAGUCCCCUUCAUGGCUAGUUACAAGGACCAAUACCUAAGACGUUACGAUGGUUUCCAAGUUGUGCGGCUCCCUUAUGUAGAGGAUCAACGACAGUUCUCCAUGUACAUUUAUCUUCCUGAUGUUAAAAACGGAUUGCCUACUCUGCUUGAGAAAAUAGGCUCUGAACCAGGGUUUCUUGAUAACCAUAUUCCAGACAACCAAAUAGAACUGGGUGCUCUUAGAAUUCCAAAGUUUAAGUUUAUGUUCGAGUUUAAAGCUUCCGAAGUUUUGAAAGAUAUGGGGUUGACUUCACCGUUUAGGACUAAUGGAGGUGGUCUAACUGAGAUGGUUGAUUCACCUAUCAUGGGGGAGAAGUUGUAUGUCUCAAAAAUUCUUCAUAAAGCUUGCAUUGAGGUGGAUGAAGAGGGAACUGAAGCUGCAGCGGUUUCUGUUGGCGUCAUAACUAUGCUAAGUCUCCAGCCUGUGAGGAAAAAACCAGAUUUUGUGGCUGACCAUCCAUUUCUUUUUACAGUAAGAGAAGACAAAAGUGGAGUGAUUUUGUUCAUGGGUCAAGUUCUUGAUCCCUCAAAACAUUGAUUCAAUUGUUGGUGGCGUGGGAGAAAAUAUUAAGCCAAUAAUAUGUUUUAUUCUGUAUAUUAUGUUGUGUGAUGAAAUUGAGUUUGUAAAGCUAGCAACUGACUUUGCUGGUUCUGUUUUUAUACUAUUUUUUCUCUAGUAAUAAAAUUGUUCGGUAUUAUAAGAAGAAAAAAAACUCCAGCCAGAUUACCAACUCUAGAGUAUCU